CUCUCUCCCUCUGUCUGUCUCUCUCAUGGCCUCCGAGCGCUCGUCCGCUGAGAGUCGCUCCUCGCACCUGAGCUCUGACCCGACCAUCGGCACCGACGCCUCGGCCAACAGCAUGUGGGAGGAAAGCUUCGACACAGAGAAUCACGGCGUGAGCACUAAGAGAGAUUACUCUCCUGUGUCCUGGAGCGAAUACUUUGAAAUGAUGGACGACGUGGUCAUCGGGUCAGGAGAGACUAAGGAUGUGUUUCGGGUGUAUAAAAGCGGUCAGGACGGUCCACUGCUGGUUCUGCUUCACGGAGGAGGACAUUCGGCUCUGUCCUGGGCUGUUUUUACGGCAGCGAUGACCAGCCGAGUCACUUGUCGGGUUUUGGCCAUGGAUCUCAGGGGUCAUGGAGCUACUCAAGUCCGGCACGCUGAUGACCUUUCCACACAAACCAUGUCCAGAGACGUAGCCAAUGUGGUGCGAGCGACGUACGGCGAGAUCCCGCCCUCAAUCAUCCUGGUGGGUCAUAAUAUGGGCGGAGCCAUCGCGGUGCACGCGGCCAGUGGAGCGCUGCUGCCCUCUGUGGUCGGACUGGUGGCCAUCGACGUAGUGGAGGGCAGUGCCAUGGACGUCUUGCACAGCAUGCAGAACUUUCUGAGAGGACGACCCAAAUCCUUCAAAUCCAUCGAUCACGCCAUCGAAUGGAGUGUAAAAAGUGGACAGAUCAGAAACCUUGAAUCUGCUAAAGUGUCAAUGGUGGGACAAGUGAGACGGUGUGAGGUGGAUGAAGGCGAUUCGGCCGAGCCGGUGAGUCCGGUGACUGAGAGCGUGGCCGAGGGUCACGAGGAGUUUUACGAUCUCAACUACGUGACGGAUAAAGCAGAGAGCAGCACGUCAGCAGAGCCGUGCAGUGUGUACAGCUGGAGAAUCGACCUGUCUAAAGCAGAGAAAUACUGGGACGGCUGGUUCAGAGGGAUAUCGAACCUCUUCCUGUCCUGCAAUGUCCCAAAACUCCUACUGCUGGCAGGCAUUGAUCGACUGGACAGAGACCUGACCAUUGGACAGAUGCAGGGUAAAUUCAUGAUGCAGGUGCUGCCCCCUUGUGGACAUGCAGUGCAUGAGGACACCCCAGAUAAAGUGGCAGAUGCUUUGGCAAGUUUUAUGAUCAGACACAAAUUUGCCGAAGCUCGCAGUGAAACCAAAAGUUCCUCAUACCCGUUCAUGCGAUAAAGCAGAAGACACUGAAGAAAGAGCCUGAAACCUCCACCAGAUCAAAACAUCCUUCACAUCCAGUAAAAACAUGUUACUUUUGCCAUAAAUCCAGGAAUUGUUUCAACUGUCACUAUCAUGAGUUUAGAAUAAAGUUUUGAAUUCAUUAAA